AUGGGCGGACAGCUCUAUAAGCAGUCCUUCACAUACCCUCUCCUACGGUGCUUAGAGCCCGACGAAGCUCGGACGGAUCUGGCCAAGGUCCACGAAGGAGUCUGCAGGGAGCAAAUUGACAAUAGGCCUCAGUUCGCCAGCGGAAAGUUCCGGGAGUUAUGCGCAAGCCACGAGAUUCAGCUGAGGUUCAGCUCGGUGGCUUACCCUCAGACAAACGGGCUAGCGGAAGUAACCAACCGCAGCCCGAUCGGCUGGACGGACGAGCUCCCGAGCGUCUUAUGGUCAUUACACACCACCCCCAAAACCGCGACCAGAGAGUCCCCUUACAGCGUCGCGUUCGGGACCGAAGCUGUCCUACUGCCCGAAAUAACUAUUCCCACCCCUCGGAAAAAGAACUACAACGAGAGAACCACAAACGAGGGAAUUCGAGCCGGCCUUGACAUGCUCGCGGAACGGCAUGCCGACGCGCACUUGAAGGCUCUAUCUUAUAAAAGAGCCGUCGCAAAGGUCUACAACUAG